AACUUCUAGACCUCAAAGGUACGAAGCAUCUGAUCUAAAAAGAGAAUCCAAUAAAUUUGUUCUUUAUGUUUACAUAUGGAACUAGAAUUACCAUCAGAAUUAAUGCCAUUGUACGAUUAUAUUAGACAUUGACUGUCAAAACUGGUGAAAAUAUUUUCGUAUCGCGAUUAAAUCGACCGACGUAUUUGUCAUUUCAACCCUCAAGUCCAGAGUAUAAAUUCAAAGAAAAUGGCUGGGAUUUGCCGAUUAAGUACUUCGCAUGCUUUAAAGAAUGGUAUGAAUUUGUUAAGAUUGCAAAAAAUAACAUGUCGUGCGAUAACUACAUCACCUAAAAAGGAUGAUAGUACUAAUGUAAUAGAGUCACCUGAAAAAAAGAAACGUUGGGUUAGGUAUGGUUUCGAUGAUACAAGUGAAAUAGAUGAUCGACGUAAAAUGCACGAAUUAUUUUUCAUGGGCAUCACGAUUGGUAUGAUAUUGACUGGAUAUGUACUGAUGUAUAAACCUGAUACAUUAUCAUUUGCUACUUGGGCACAACGUGAAGCAUAUUUACAACUUCGAUACAGAGAAGAACAUGGUCUUCCACCCAUCGAUAUGAAUUUAAUAGAUCCUGCUAAAAUAGUGCUUCCUACUGAUGAAGAAUUAGGUGAUACAGAAAUAAUUAUUUAAAAGUAUAUAGUGCUAUUCUGUGUAAUAUGUACUAAUGUAGUUAUGUCAAACAAUGAAUAUCAACAAACCGCAGUUUUUGUUCUAUUCAAUGAUGUUUGUAACAGGCUAUGCAAAUAAAAUAUAAUAAAAAUGGUU